AUGGUUACCUUAAACGAUCCUGAAUUUGAUCCUGGGAACAAAACCAUAACAUGGUCAUUUAACAACAAUACUAUUGCUCGGAAACAACCGGGAGGGGAGCCAUCCGUUUGGGAUAUGAAGAACUACCGGCUAAUGGAUAACGGUGAUUUAAUAAUCCAAAAGAUGACGCUACUUUUGGAAGGCUUAUAUGAACGUUUAGACGGCUUAGUUGAAUAUAAUCCAACACCUUUCCAGAUUUAUGUUAAAGUUAAAGGUACAUGAAGAACUUUUUAUCUGAAAAAUUUCAUGGAAUAGUAUCCCAGAGAUCGCGGGUUCGAUUUCCAUCGUUUUCAGCCUGCUCGGUGUGGAUAUACACUCAUGCAGUGUAAAAUAAAAAAAUACGUCUUAUUUCCUUUUCAACCCAAGAAUGAUGAAAUCUGCUGUGUUGGUGUAGGGUGAGUGUUGGUGUAGGGUUGGUGUGGGGUGAGUACAUUACACCAACACAGCAGAUUUCAUAAAUAUUAGAUUACACUGAUAUCGAAGGAACUAGACUCAGUUCCGAAAUAUCGCUUACUCGAACCGUCCUGACCGCGUAGCUCAGUUGGAAGAGCAUUGGGCUAGUAUUCCAAAGGUCGUAGGUUCGAAUCCCGCCGUGGCCAGGCAUAUUUUUCAGGCCUGCCCGGUGUGGAUAUACACUCAGAGUAACAUCACACAAACACCAAGAAUGAUUUUUGCAAUUCUCCUAUAUUUCUAGUUGAGGUCACUGAAUUUAAAAAUACAUAUAAAGAGAAGAUCCUUGACGGUGUAAUCCACAGGGAAUGGAAAAUCAGAUUUAACGUUUCAACAGGGCGUGUUGAAGACUGUAAAAAAGAAAUUAAUGGAAUGACGUUCUGUUCUAAAAGGCCAGAUGCUCUUCCAUGUACUGAUAUUAGUACUAAUUUAACUACAAUUGCAAGAUCUGGGGACUGCGAAGCCAAAAUUUUGUACAAUAGUAGUCUACAGUAUUACGUUAAAUUUUCGCCAAUCGAUCCCCAUGAUUUUACACCAAGCAAUGAUGAGCGUCUACUUAAAACUGUACAAG